AGCCAAAAAUAGUAAGCAUUGUAAAAAAACAUUAGUCAACAAAAGUAAGCAAAUGUUUGAAAAAUAAUAUUUGUACACAUUAGCGCAGGAAAUGAAUCCGCAGCUGGGGAUAACAAUGCGUCCUUUAAAUCAAUUUGUGGUGGAACAAGAAGGCAGGAAUUUGUGGAUUUGGAACGAGAAACUUUACCAGAUGGCGAAAAAUGUGCUACAGAAGUGGAAGGCAUUAGUGGUUUCGAAAUUAAAGAAAUUAAGUUGGAGGAGGUUGAAUUCCACGACGAAUCUAUGGAGGACGACAUGGAUGUAAAAAUGUUCGCUGCAGAGCUUCCACAUGACGAGAAUCAAGACGAUUUGAAAUCAAUUUUAAGCCACACUGAUUUACAGUCUAAUAAUGUCGAGGCAACUAAUGAUUCCUUGAAUUUAAAAUGUCACGGUUGUGGCGUCGUGUUCGACAAACUUUGGAAGCUACGUCGCCACGAAAAUAAUCCAUGGAUGGGUGAAACUUCGGGAAGAAGGAAGAAAAGCAGAAGACCUGCGGAUGAAUUAGUACAUUCCUUAGAAGAACCAGUCUUGAAACGGUCACACCAAAGUCGACUCCGGGCAGAACAAUUGAUCAACAAAAUAGCAAAGCAUGAACUUAACAAAACAAAAAUAAUUACACAUGAGACGGAAUCCGAUUCAAGUAAUAAUUCUGGUUUAUCAGAUCAGGAGCUAUCAGAAGAAUAUGAGGAGGCCCCUUCAGCAAAACUAAGCUUUAGGAAAAAAGCUUGUCGUCGUACGGAGGGUCAAACAAAAAUAUCGAUAAAACAUUGCGAAAUUUGUUCUGCGAGAUACCCGUGUUCACAAGAAGUCAUGCAUUCGCAAAGUUAUCGACAUCGCUCGGCAAUCAAGGAUCAAAUAGUGGAUUCACAAGGGAGCAUAAUUUUUACAUGCGACCAAUGUCCUGACCAAGAAUUUACGGAUUUCCCGCAACUUCGACAACACAAGAAAUCGGUGCAUUUCGUAAACGAAAAAUUCUGUCAGAUUUGUGACAAGUCGUUCUCAAGGACACGUGCCUACAAAAUCCAUUUGCAAACACGUCUGCAUGCCAUCGCAGCGGGAGAUGAUGCGGUUGAAAAGCUGGAAACAACAAUGAAAUUCCAGUGCGACAAGUGCGGUAAAAAUACCCCUCGGAUACAAAACUUGAAAGACACAUUAGAGAUGUUCAUGAUCGAGCUUUCGUUUGCGGAACAUGUGCGAAACAUUGCGAGACUUUAGAUGAAUUGACGAAGCAUUCCCUCCGAAGUAGAUAACUAAUCGCAGCAAUAAUAAUUACAUUUACUUUUAUAAUAUUUAGAUUCAUUCCUAACGAAGAGAAAGCUUAUGGUUGCAAGUUAUGCACAAAAAGAUUCACAGACUUUCGCAGUAGGCAGAAACACGUGAAAUCAUUCCACAAAGGAUUUCGCUCCAAGUGCAAACUUUGCGAUAAGGAAUAUACUUAUAAUUCUGGCUUGAGAAUUCAUAUGAGAAAAUGUCACGGAGCGAAGAAUGGGAAAUCUGAAGCAAAAAAUAAUAGCAUCGAUCCAAAGUUGAAAAGGGAACGGUUCAAGUGUGAAGUUUGCCUGGAAAGCAGGACAACAAAAGCUGACCUCAAACGACACAUAGAACUCCAACAUUUUCAAGAUAAGCGGUUUUGUCCGUAUGGUUGUUCGGAGGUGGAAUUUAGUACCGAAGAAGAAUGGAUAAAGCAUUUGGAGGCGUGCAAUUCGGAUAAAAUUACCGAAAAUUCGCGAGCUCGUUACUUCUUCUGUGGGGACAUAUUUCGCAACCAGCUUCUUCGACUAUCCCACCAUCUCCAUUCCCAUAAAAUAUUGGACUGCAACUUUUGUACAAACAAAUUUACCACCCAAGCCGCCCUGGACCUGCACUAAUUUUUGCAUAAGGAACCCAAGCCUCAUCUCUGUCCCAAGUGUGGCAAGCGGUUUCGACAAGGAUGGAACUUGAAACUUCACUCCACCCUGGUUUGCGCAGAUGACGAGGAGGCGAAGAAGGAAAUGAUGGAAAAACGAAGAAAACAAUAUGAUAAAUUCAGGCAAAAGAAGAUGAAGUUCAAAUGUGACGAAUGUUCGAUAGGAUUCGUAUCCCAGAGAAGGCUGGAAUCACACAAGAACAAAACUCAUAAAGAAAUUGCGGAUUAAUAUUUUGUGGACGGAACGCAUUAUGUAAAUAUGUUCAUUGGGUUAUGUCCUGAGUGCAUUAUUUUAUUUUAUUGGGAAGUAUUUCAGUGCCUAAACUAGCCUGUUCCGUCCCUGGGAAUUUCUUAAGGCCAGGCCAAAUUUUAUAAUUACCAUUUGAAUUCUAUAAUUUGUAUUAAGGACCUA